ACGGUGUCUGGCAUCCUAACUCUAACAAUUCUGUGACUGACUUCCAUUCCUGCACUUAUCCUGAGAUAGAACUUGUCCGUCACAUUCUCUUUUCAACCUGCUCCAUCUCACUUUCCCGAAGAUACAAACUCUCUCACUAGCAUGGCAGCUGAGAAGUUUGUUAACGAGAACAAACCCAUCCUCGGGGAGCGGGCGCCAGGCAACAGUGACUUGGAGCUCGCAAAUAUUAGCAUCUCCCCCGCUAGGUACCCUAGGGUUCCCAAUAACUAACACUAACAUUGGGCAGCAUGCCGAGCAUGAGGAAUCGCCGUAUGUGUCGCAUAGUAGACUAUGGCGACACUCCCUUCGGCUCCUCUGUUCCUCUGUCAUCCUAUUAGCUCUCCUGUCUGUCUCUUGGAACAUUUUCCGAUGCGAAUUCUCGAAAGGCUCCAGAGCUAUGAAUGCAGGUGUAUUACCCCAGAUAGAUUUCGAUCUCCCCAAACUGCCGCAAGAGAAAAAUCAAUACAAGAGCUGUUCAUCCGUCGUCGCAUCUCGAAGUCUCGAGUUCGGCUUCAACUUCACGAGCGAUCGCGCAGCCGAGAACCGAUGGCGCUUCCUUGAUUCGUCUGUUCCUGAAUCUCACAGGAGCCUCCGAGGUCAGCUAACCAUUGACCGAGGAAGCUUCUCCCAAGCUUCUGACAUGGAGGUCCACGUUACCACUCGCUCUAGCGACGAGAACGAACUGGAAAAUGUUCACUUGCACAAAUCAGACUCCGUGCUAAAUUUUGACUAUGACUUUAGAGCCGAGAAAGAUGUCUGCACAGAAGUUGAGAUAGUAGUGCUCUUUCGACCAUGGCCUAAACGUUCACUGGAUUGGUUUGACAUCCGAACAAGUAUUUUCGACAUCAAUUUCGAACCCUCGCUUGGCUGGGAGAUUAACAACCUACGUACGCAUACCUCGCAUGGCGACGUGUGGAUGGACUCUCGAUUCCCCUCCAAUGACCCUUUGAUCGCACAUAACGCUUCCAUUAGCUCCAUCGAUGGGGUCAUUUUUGGCUGGUAUAUUCCGGACGAGAACCUCGAACUACGCAGCGAAGAUGGGGGGAUUGGCGGCUUUAUCUGUCCUAGACUUGCUGAAGGUGUGCCAUUCGAUCCAAAGAGUAUAUUGAUGUCGACUUUGUCCGGCCGAAUCCGUGUUGGCCUCAUCUAUGAAGUGUGGCCCGCAAAGGUCUACACGCAUCGAACUAAGAUUGAGUCAGUUUCAGGGGAUAUCAGCGCGGUGGUGCCGCAUGGCACACAAACAAACAUCUCCAGCAUCAGCGGCUCCAUUACGACCGCCAUCAGGCCAUAUGGUGCUGCCAGUCAGAAUGCGACGAGCGAGAUAUAUACGGCUUCAAGAUCUGGCGACUCCUGGGUGAUUCUCUAUAGUCCGCCCAAUGAAUCACUUGAUGGGAAUUAUAAUCCGCUUCUGAAUACGGUUAGCAAGCACGAGGUUGGCGAGGGAACAUUGUGGUUAGAUUACCCCUUUGCUUGGUGGGGCGAGAUGGAAGCCAAGAUUGAGCAUGGAAAGCUAGAAUUUGAAGGAAACUUGUUGGAGGAUAUUAAACGAGAGGAGGGACAUGUAACAGCAACGAGAGGGAAGAAGGGGGCGUCUCAGAUGGAAGCGCAUGUUAGUACUGGUGCCCUAACUGUUCACCUUGGUCUACAGGAGCUUGAUUAGUGACUGGUGGCAUAGCAGGCGGAGAAUGUUCAUGGAACUGUAGACUCGUGUCUCUCUUCUGUCCUUCGACGCGACCAUCCUGGGUUGAAUCUUUCUGUUAUCAUCAUGCUGAUUGUUUACUGCUAGUUAGGGUUACCUAAAUGAUAAAUCAAAG